CACUUGUUCCCAGUUGGGUGACAGCGUUGGGUAAAAAAAUGUAAACAAACCGUACUCGCUUCUGGGGAAGGAGAAAACAUUCACCCGUGGAAAAGCAGUUUGUGCUCGAGCAAUAAACGAUGGAAAAGAUUAAUCUUAAUCUUUCCACCCGCCCAAAGGCGAGCAUCCUGGAUAAGCCGCUGAGCCGCGGAAAGGGUGAGGUGUCGCUGAGCAGCUACGCCCUCCUGUUCUCCGAGCUGGUCCAGUAUUCACAGAGCCGUGUCAGCACCAUUCCCGACCUACAGACGAGGCUGCACGAUAUGGGCAAGGAUGUGGGAUGCCGCAUAAUCGAUCUUUACUUUGUGCGCGAACGCAACUCGAAGCGCGAGACGAAGCUGAUCAACAUGCUGCUGUUUAUCAAAACUACACUGUGGAAGACUCUCUUCGGCAAAGAGGCCGACAAGCUGGAACAUGCUACCGAUGAUGAAUGCACUUACUACAUUAUCGAAAAGGAACCUUUGGUGAACAAAUUCAUCAGCGUGCCGAAGGACAAGGGUUCGCUAAACUGUGCCGUCUUUGUGGCCGGCAUCGUGCAGGCGGUACUAUCAAACUGUGGUUUCACAUGCCAGGUUUCCGCCCACUGGCACAAAGGCACCACGUAUAUGGUAAAGUUUGAGGAUCAUGUUAUCAGCAGAGACAAACAGCUGGAAGAUAAAUAAAAAUGUAUUUAUUCCAUAUAA